AUGGAGGAGCUGAAUCAGGCCUUGGCGCUAAUUGAGCGGGCAUCGCAUGAAAUUCAGCAAGGCAACCCAUCUCCGGAGGCGCAGAAGGUCCUGCUGAGCUUUCAGGAAAAAUCCAAUCCUUACGAGCUCUGCAAGUACAUCCUCGAGAAUAGCAAGGUGCCCACGGCGCAGUUCCAGAGCGUCUCCACCAUCCGCCGGGCCGUCCUGCGCGAGUGGUCCGCCCUGUCGCCGCAGCAGAGGGACAGCAUUCGCGACUUCCUCCUCCAGUUCCUCGUCAACAGCCACGCCGCGCUCCAGAACUUUGUCAAGUCUCAGCUUCUGCAGUGUGUGGCGGUGCUGAUCAAACGGGAAUGGGUCGACAUCGAGUUCCCCUCGCCCACGUCGCAACCCAACCUGCAGUUCAAGGAGGCCACAUUCCAGAAGAUCCUCACCCUCCUCGGCGGCGAGAUGCACAUGAAGCGUCAGGGCGUGGGUCUGUUGCUCGCGCUGGUGAACGAAUUCUCCUCCAAGCAGACUAACAGCGAGACCAAGCUGCCCGUCACCUACCACCUCAAGUGCAACCGCUCGUUCGCCGACAAGGAACUCAAGCAGGUGCUGACGUGGACGAUGGCGUUCAUCCACCAGUUCAUCACCAACCCGGCUUCGCUGCAGAACGACGGCGCGUUCCUGGGCUCGUGCCUCACCCUCGCCGCGCAGGUCCUGUCGUGGGACUUCGAGGACGCCCAGGCCUCGAGCGACGGCCUCCUCUUCACUCGGACCCCGCCCACCGGCGGCGACAGCACCAACGCCCCGCUCAAGCCGCCGCCCCACUACCGCGACAUCUUCGUCACCUCCCACGACAUCCUCCUCUGCUUCUUCAAGUUGCUGGCGAUGGUGGAGCAGAACGAGGACCUGUCGCACCUGACGCGCGUCGCCCUGUCGCAGCUGGCGUCGCUGUCCGGCAACGUGUUCCCCGACAAGGCGCACCAGCUGCAGUACCUCAAGACCUUCCUCGAGCUGCUCAUGCCGCACAUGCGCAAGUACACCACCAUCCUCUCCUCGGCCGGCGCCCCCUCAUCCCUCUCGCCCUCCUUCGGCGAUCAGAUGAUCGGACUCAGCAACAUUCUGGUGCGUCUGGUGUCGAAUUUCCGAAUCGAGAUGUUCUAUCAGCUGCCGCCCGUACCGGCUGCUCUGGGUAAUGAAUGUCCCCUUCUCUUCUUGAGCGCUCUUGCGUCUGACGUGACCUUUGACGCGUUCCUGGCCGAGUUCUGCGCGUUUACAUGCGGCUGCCUGCAAUCGCUCAAAUCGGUGGAGGAGGUGGAGUUCUCGUGGAACCUGGACUGCUUCAACUACCUCACCGACGCUUGGCUCGUCUUUGUGGGCGACGUCGAGGAGGAGCUGGGCGGCGGCACCACCGGCGAGGGCAACCAGGCCAAGUGGACGGCCGUCAAGGCCACCUUGCAAAAGUACACGAGGAAUGUGUUCCAGCUCUAUGUCGAAGCGCGCAUCGCCAUCGCGCACAGCGAGCUGGAGCAGGACCUCGUCGAGAACGAAGAAACCUGCGACGACAAAAAAGAGUUCGAGGAGCAGCUGGAGGCGGUGGGACGGCUGGGGCGGCUCGAUUGCGCGCACUCGCUGCACCUCGUGACGUCCAUGCUCGGCGAUCGGUUGGCCAAAUGGCAAGGCCAGCCUGCGACGGGUACAGGGCUGGAUGUGAUUCUGGAGGAACUGCAUUGGCUCGUGCUGAUCACGGGCCACGUGUUGGCCAAUGAGCCCAAGGACGAACUCGCGCACAUUCCCUCGGCCAUCAACGCCCUGUCCGACGAGAGUGACGCGGUCAUCUUGGCCACCAACGCCGUGAUGGCUGUACUCCAAUUCCAGAACAGCUGCCUCACCAACGAAACUCUGGAUGGGUUCGACGACAUUGUGAGCCCGCUGCUUGCGGAGACCCUGCUAUGGUUCGUGAGCCGCUGGUCUGCCACCUAUCUCACCAUCCACCGUCAGAAGACCCCCGCCAGUGAGCGGUUGGCGGCGGCCUAUGGCUCGACGGGCGGGAUGAUCCCCAACAUGAUCCAGUUCUUCUUCUCGAGCAUCUCUUCGAUUCUCAUGCACUGGUCCGGCGCCGAACCCAACCUCGCUGUUCAGGCGUGCGAGCUCCUCUUGUCUCUGUCCAAGCUGCCUUUCCGCAUGGUGUUGCUUCAGCUCGAUGUUUAUCGCAACUUCUGCGAGGCCUACGUCAAGCAGAUCUCGCUCGCCCUCACCUCCCUCUCCGCUCGCCUCCACCGAUUGCUGGUCGAGGCCCUGGUGCGGAUGGGCAGCGGCACCGGCGGGGCGGAGAACCCGGAGGCCCUGCAGCAGUACUUCCAGCAGAUCGUGAGCCCGAUCCAGGCCGACUUUGUAAAGGUGUUCGACCGGGCCGACUUCGCGUCGAUCGCGCAGAACGCCCAGGUCGUGUCCCACGUCGAACGCCUCAUCUCCAGCUUGCGGGGAGUGGUGCGAGCGGGCAAGGGCGGGGGCGUGGUGUCGCGGGCCACCCUCCACGUGGCCCUCCCGUGUCUGGAGAAGAUCGCGUCGUUGCUUCGCAUCUACUCGCAUCGCGUCGACAUGCGCGAGGACAUCUCCGCCUUCUUCUGCGAUCUCCUCCUCUACCAGAUCAACAGCAUCAAGGAGCGAUCGGAGGUCGACGCGUUGCUGAACGGGCUCUACCACUACUUCCAAGCCCUGGCCGAGCUCUCCAAGGAAAAGAGCGCGACGGCCGGCGGAAAGAAGGAGGAGGAGAAGCAGCGUGACGCCAGCGGGCCGCGGAGGGACCCGCAGGUGCAGGAGAAGUCGGGUCAGCUGGCCCUGUUCGCCCUCACCACGUGCAUCCUGCCGCUCAUCACCCCUGAACUCAUGCUCUAUGCGAAGGUGAGGGAUGGGUACUACAGUGUGCUGUGUGGGCUGUUUGAAGAGGCGCCGCGCAGUCUCCUCUCGCUCCAGGCCCCCACCUACAGCAUGCUCCUGGCCUCCCUCAAAUACGCCCUCCUCUCGACGGACACGGAUGUGGCGCGUCGAGGCCUGGAGACCCUGUGCAGC